ACAUUUCAAGUCAAGAGGGGAAAAAAAGUCCGCGAAGCAACUACAAAACACCACCAAAGAAGGGCGACGCAACGGUGCGUCACCGCCUCUGCUGUUCCUGAUCCUCGUGGCCCCAAAUGAGGCUAUUAGAGCCCCUUCCAGUUUCAGUGGAAGCACCCGGUCUAUGUGAGAGAUAAAUGGAAUAACGGAGAGGAAGAGGAAAAGGAGGAGGACCUGGAUCAAGUGAUGGUCAGCCAACCUCAAGUGCCGAUACAAAAUGUGUCUUAAUGGGAUCGCGGACAGCGCAGAGUGAGUCACCCACGGGGGGGACAGGAGGCUGCGUGUCAGAAUAAAAAGUAGGCUCGACUUGAUGCUGCGCGCUGAUGGAGUGUUCUGAUCCGGACAUGGAGCACAGGAGCCUCGGGUCCAACUCUAUAUACCUCCACUCGGACGACAGGAUGUCCCAUUUAUGACCUGCACCUCUUUCCUACGUGGAUACUUUAAAUAAGGACUUUUUGUGCUUUUUUUGCGUGUGGAAAGUCAUUUUAUUAAUUAUAACGGACGCAGUGGAAGAGGAUUAACAGCCCACUAAGCGAUACCAGCUUCAUUGUUACAAAACAAAAAGGAGAAGGAGUACUUUUUUUUUUGUUGGUUUUAAAAUCCUGUGGGAGAUAUGAGGGGACUGCACAUGCAUGUCCCCGUGGGACUGGUCCUUUUCAUGUGCACGCUCAUCACAGCGACCCCGACCUCGACCCCGGCCCCCGGUAGGAACACGAGCCGUGGAGUGAGGAGAGCGUCUGAGCUGGAGAGACACGAGGUCCCGUGGAGCCACCGGGGGAGGACGCCCCUGGUGGCGCAACGGGAUUUCCACAGAUUGAAAACAGACAAGGGGGAUCAGCUUGUCGCUGUACUCCUUCGAGAUCUCAGAAAGAUGGAGAAAUACGUGACACAUUUAACAGGUCCGCUCUACUUCAGUCCUAAGUGCCGGGAGCACGUGCGAAAACUGCACCGCCAGAGAGAUUGCAGAAUACCGGCAUAUUUAAAGAGAUGCGCACGGCUUCUCACACGGCUCGCCAGCAGCCCGCAAUGCACUGAAGGCUAACAGGUGCUACUCAUACUGUUGAAGCCUUAACAUCCGCUAUCCAGGAUGUUGCUAAAAGGUGAAAAGUGCCUUGGACUUGUUGGACAAGCGGCCUAAAAAUACUGACGAGCCCUGAUUGAAACCAAGCACACAGGUGUCCUUCUACUGAAGUCGGCUUUACAAACCGGCGUGGAUCCCAAUGGAUGCUGCUCGAAACGAGGAAGCCCCCCCUCCCACCCGUCCCAAACAUCAACAGUGGCUGCUGCUUUGCUUACAAAUAAGACAACCGUGUCUAAUCUAUUGAUGGCCUCGUGAGACAUUUUUUGGCAUCAAACAGACGACGCCGGCGGGAAGUCACAGAAGCUCCUUUGAAAGCCUUUAUUUAUAUAUUUGGACCAUCACAAGACUACACAGUAAACCUUGAUCAUGUACGUGUACACACAGGUACAUCUCAAACAAUAAGAAUGUAAUGGCUAAAGUUCAGUAUAUCGGAACGCCAUCAAGCGACAGCCGUAUAUCAUAUAGAUUCGUUGCACAUAGCGGGAAAUAUUUCACGCCUUUAGCGAUGACCUUCUGUGGCUUACACUCCUAGGGGAUGGUGUCAAUGACGGUCUCUUUUGGACAUCUGACAAGUCAGCAGUCCCCAUGAUGGUGUAAGCCUACUGAAGCAGAUAGAGGGACCAUUUAAAGGCUCAGAUAAUACAAAACUUCACAAUCUUAGAGCUUUUUGAAAAUGACCUCUGAGCCAUAAUCAUCAAAGUUACAAAGUUACGAGACUUAGCCAUCCAUCUAUUUUAUAUGGCGCUUAUCCUCAGUAGGGUCAUGUUGGUGUGCUGGAGCCUAUCCCAGCUAACUUUGGGCGAGAGGCGGGGUACACCCUGGACUAAUCGCCAGCCAAUCACCAGGCGGCCCCAUUUCAUUUUAUAUGUAAUGUAAAAACUUUGUUUUAUAUUCUCUUUUUUGAGAUGUGCCUGUAGUGUAAAAAACAAACAAACCAUAAGCUCUACUAUAAAUGAAAUGUGUGCGGUAUAUACCUACAGUCUGGACUAUAUAUAUAUAUACACACACAGUAUAUAUAGAUAUAUGGAAAAAACUAUAUAUAUUUAAAUAAAUUAUAUCAUUGGUACAAAAAAUGUUCUUUGUGCUGCUUUGCCGUCUCAAUGCGUGG